AUGGCAGCAAACAACGCGUUGGACAGACUAGUCGGCCUAGCAAUGCUCAUCCUCGCCUCCGUCGUCUUCCUCUACUACACCGUCUGGACUCUGCUUAUGCCCUUCGUCGACGACAACCACCCCCUCCAAACCCUCUUCCCCCCUCGCGUCUGGGCCAUCCGAAUUCCUGUUAUCCUGUUGUUACUCGGAGGAGCGGUGGUCGGCAGCUUUCUGAGCGUGGUCAUGAUACGGAGCAAUCGGAAGAAAGCUGCCAAGGCCAAGGCAGCUAAGGCGAAAUAA